UUAGUUUAGCAGAAGUAUAAGAACUUUCGCAGUGGGAGCUGACUUCACUCUCAGCAGCAGUAACCCCUCUCUCUCAUGAUGGACGGUAGCAGCGGCUCUCUGACCCAGGAGAACCCUCCCGGAGUCCGCUACAGCUCUAUGAGCAGCCCGGGCUCCGAGACAGCCACUGCCAACUUUCACAUAAGCCGUGGCAGGUCUUAUCUGGUCGUGGCCAUCCUGUUCCUCAUUAACCUCUUGAACUACAUGGAUCGCUCUAUCAUUGCAGGUAUCUUGGAUGGCAUUCAGGACUACUUUAAAAUAAGCGACUCCUCUGCUGGUCUAUUACAGACAGUCUUCAUCUGCAGCUACAUGAUAUUGGCUCCUUUGUUUGGUUACCUGGGUGAUCGGUACAACAGGAAAGUCCUCAUGUUCGUUGGAAUACUCAUUUGGUGCGCCGUGACACUGGCAGGAUCCUUCGUCACUAAGUCUUAUUUCUGGGUGCUGAUCUUGUGCCGAGCGUUGGUUGGUGUUGGAGAAGCCAGUUACUCCACCAUUGCCCCCACUAUCAUUGCUGACCUCUUUGUGGAUGAUGCAAGGACCUUGAUGAUCUCCAUCUUCUACAUUGCCAUCCCAGUGGGAAGUGGUCUGGGGUAUAUACUUGGAUCCGGUGUAAUGAAACUAUCCGGGGACUGGCACUGGUCAAUGAGGGUGACCCCGUGUGUAGGACUGGUGGUUCUCAUCUUGCUCAUUCUCUUCGUUCCGAACCCUCCACGGGGAGCUUCCGAACAGCGCACAGACUCGGCCGAAUCCAGGACCUCCUGGCUGCAAGAUGUCAAAUAUCUGUUCACCAACUGGAGUUUUGUACUGUCAUCCUUUGGCACUGCCGCAGUCACGUUCACAACGGGUGCGCUGGGAUUCUGGGCACCCAUCUUCCUGCUGCGAGCACAGGGCACCAAUGCCACCCCUCAGCACACAGCCAGCAAGUCACAGGACAGUUUAAUAUUUGGAGCCAUAACGUGCGUGACCGGGAUCCUCGGGAUCGGAAUUGGAGCUGCACUUUCAAAGCACUUUAAAAAGAAGAGUAGCAGAGCUGACCCUCUCAUCUGUGCAGCAGGCAUGUUGAGUUCUAGUCCCUGCCUCUACCUUGCCAUUGUACUGGCUAAACAUAGCACUGCAGCGACAUAUGUUUUCAUCGCCCUGGGAGAGACCUUCCUCGCCUUGAAUUGGGCAAUUGUUGCAGACAUUCUCUUGUACAUUAUUAUUCCGAGUCGUCGUUCGUUGGCAGAGGCAGUGCAGAUCACCAUCUGCCAUGUCCUGGGAGAUGCCAGCAGCUCCUACAUCAUUGGCGCUAUCUCCGAUGGUAUCCGGGAAACCCGUCCAGCCUCAAGCUUUUGGAAGUUUGUGAGCUUGGAACAUGCCUUCCUGCUGUGCCCUUUUAUUGCUGUUGUUGGAGGAGCCUUAUUCCUGUGGACGGCAAACCAUCUGGAGGAGGAUCGGCUGAAAGCAUCACCGAUUGCUCAAGAUUCGGAGGAAGUGACCCCCAACCCAAAAGGCUAAGACACUACCAUCAAGCCUGCGGUGAGGUGUGGAGUUGAAUGGAGCCAUUCACUGGAUAAAGCUGGACCGAAGGAGACAAUUCUAUGAAUGGUUGGAAUAUCAAGCAAUAAGGUUCUGAAUCGAUAAAAACGAUGGUUGCAAUUGUAUUUUACACAAAAGAAAAGCAGCACUUUCCAUAGGGGCUUUUAGAAACCCUUACUCACAUUGUUCCUCACUCUCAUCAUCCUUGCACAUAGAGCAAAUCAAGUGUGUAGCCAAUUUCCUCUGCUUCUGAAAGUCGUUUCCAAUGGUAACAAGGUCUUUGGUGGUAUUUCAGAAAAAAAGCACUUUGAUCAGAGUACAGUAUUAAAGGUUCAGCUGUGGGCAGCACUAAAGCGCUGUUUACUGCCCCCUUGCCUAGCAAGAGCCCUUUACAAAACCAUUACCUUGACUGAACAUAAGGAAGGAAAGAGACUCCCAUGCAGUCUCCCUCAGGGCACCCCAAAGCACUUUACACUUAGUGAUUACUCAGUCGCCAUGUAGUCACUGUUACUCUAUAGGAUACACAGUGGCCAAUUUGCAGAUGCCAAGAUCCCCAGAAGUGACCAGAAGUCAUUUGUGUUAUUGAUGUUGGUUGAAAGUUAAAAGCUGACCAAGACACUAGGAAUGACACUUCCCUCUCUGCUCUUGUUCAAAAUGGUACCAAGAAAUCUUUUACACCCACCUGAAAGGGCAAACACAGCUUUAAAGUCUCAUCCAGAAUAGAUAGUUCUCUUUGACACGUCGCCAGCCACCCUUAGCUGAGUCCCUGCCAGACCAAAUACCUCAAACCACAUCACCCUGUGCCUCUAUCCUCUCUGAGGGUGUGCUCCUGACCCACAGGCACCAUCCACAUUUUCAUAGCUUCCCCAAGUGCCUACUGUUCUUCAUGACCAGGGACAGUUGUGUCCUUGCUGCUUGGUAAAGCAGCCUCUACAUUACCUUUCGUGUCAAGCACAGACACUUUCCAAUAGUGUUCCAUAACCACAGGAGGCAUGCUCACUUAGGCCCUUAUCCCAUUGAAUCCAGUUUGCUGCUACUUUAUUUAUUCCGAUAAUUAUUUAAAUCUCCAUCUAAUGGCACUGUCACUAUCUUAAGGAACGAUUUUGAGAAUUAUAUCCAGACAAAGGAAGGGGAAAGCCAGGAUUGUACUAAUCAGGAAUGCAGUUUAGAAGCAUUUGUAAAGAUAGGAACAUAAGUAGCGCAAUAGGUUCAAACAUGAGUUUGAAGCCAGCUUUCAAUACCAGAUGUGUUGGGAAGUGAGUUUUGUUGAUUCGGGAAUAAUCUUUAUUGAGCAGACAGCGAAAACUUUCAAUUCAUUGUCACUCAACAACGUUUCCUCAUCAGAAGUCAGUCCAGGACAAGGGGACACUGUUUUAAAAUUAGAAGUCAUCCUUUUUGGACAAAGAUUAGAAGAUUAGUUUCUCACUGAGUGUUGUGCAACUUUAGACCUCUGCCUCUAAAGGAACUCAUUAAAGAUUUUUAAGAUAGAUAGCUUUGUGUUAAGCAAGGAAAUCAAAGGUGAGGUGCAAAUCAUAGAAUUCCUACAGUGUGGAAACAGGCCAUUCAGCCCAUUGAGUCCAAUGGACCCUCUGGAAGUGUCCCAUCCAAACCUAUCCCCUCUACACUAUCCCUAAAACCUUGUAUUUCCCAUGGCUAAUCCACUAGCCUGUGCACUACGGGGCAAUUUAGCAAGGCUAAUCCAUACAUCUUUGGACUGUGGGAGAAAACUGGAGUACCUUGAAAGAAACCCACACGGAAACUGGGAAAACUCGAACCAGAUGGUGGUCCAAACCUGGAACUGAGCCCAGGUCCUUGGAACUAUGUGGUAGUAGUGCUCACCACUGUACCACCAAGGCAGGAUGGGAAAUUCAAAACACAAAUGGCCUUACUGAAUUGAAUGGUCUACUUCUG